CUGUUCCCAUAGUGGCAGAUAAAGAGAGAGUGAGGACGGAUGCAAAGGAGGAGGAGGAGGAAGGGUCCGAAUAUCCUCUCUGACACUGAUGGAUUUACAUCAUUGAGAUAUCUCUCAAGUGAAUAUUUCGCAUAAAACAUGCAGACAAGAUGAAGAUGUGGCUUCUUUUUCUGUGCCUGAGCACUGGAUGGAUGCAAACAGCAUCCACUGCUGACGUAACCCCCGCACCCUCCUCUGCACCAGUGACACCCACUGAAGAUGAGAGCACCCAGCUGGUGGAUUGGCUGAUAAAGUAUGGCUACCUCCCACCCUCAGACCCCUCCACUGGUCAGUUACAGGCCUGGACAGCUGUCACUGAUGCUGUGAGGGCCAUGCAGAGGUUUGGAGGCCUCAAAGACACUGGGGUUGUAGAUGAAGAGACAAUGGCACUGAUGAACAGCCCGCGCUGCUCCCUUCCUGACCAAGACGAACCAUCCAGACUACUAGCCAACCAGGAGGGGAGAAACAUGAGGAGGCGGAGGAGAAGGGCUAUCUCCAUGUGGACACGCAGGAACAUUAACUGGAGGUUGCGUUCGUACCCCUCCUCUUCCCGUCUGUCUCGGGAAACCAUUCGCUCAUUGGUCUUUUAUGCUUUAAGAGUGUGGGCAGAGCCAACACCCCUGGAGUUCCAUGAGGUGAGCAGUCCAGAGGCAGCAGACCUACAGGUAGACUUCCUCCAUGGUUACCAUGGUGAUGGCUAUCCCUUCGAUGGGGUAGGCGGUGCAGUCGGCCAUGCUUUUUUCCCAUCAGACCCUGCCCGGGCAGGAGGAGUUCAUUUGGACGCAGAGGAGGAGUGGGCUUUCAGACAACCAGCCUCUGAUGGCACUGACCUGUUUACAGUGCUGGUCCAUGAGUUUGGCCAUGCACUGGGCCUUGCUCACUCCUCCUCCCGCCACUCAGUGAUGAGGCCCUACUACCAGGGUCCUACUGGAGACCCUCUCCACUACAGCCUGGGACCCCAAGAUCUGGAGCACAUCACCCAGCUCUACGGUAAAAGGAACCAGCUGCUGGCUACUGAUGCUCCUCGCCUUGCCCCAGAGCCUCAGUUGCGCCACCGAGGGCACCACAAUCAUCACAAAUAUGGCCUCUCCAUAGAUCGCUGUAACACCAGUUUUGAUGCUGUGGCAAGGAUCCGAGGAGAGACUUUCUUCUUCAAAGGUCUGAUGAUGUGGCGAGUCAAUGGUGGUGGUUUGGUAUCAGGCCGAGGGGCUUCUGUCAGGAGGCUGUGGAGGGGUCUACCACCUGACCUACCUCAUGUUCACGCUGUGCUGGAGAGACAGUCAGAUCAUGCCAUAAUCUUUAUCAGUGGUUCCCAGUUCUGGCUGUUCAGGGAUCUGUCCCUGCAGGAAGGCUAUCCUCAGCCCCUGUCUGCCCUCAGGAUGGGGGUGAGCUUAGCUGGAGCCGAUGAGGAGGAGAAGGAGGAAGAGGAGGUAGCGGCAGGGAGGUGGGGCCUGGUCUGGGACCCAGAGGAGGGCCCCGUGUGGGGGACCGUGGGAGUUGCUGAGGAAGAGAAGCGAGAAGAUACCUGGACGCAGCUGCUUAGAGAUGGUGUCAGUGGCAUCACCACAGAGAGCGAUGGCUCCGUCUAUCUCUUCAGAGGAGAAUCCUACUGGAAGUUCACGUUUCCAGGCUCCUCACUGCAGGACGGAUACCCACGAUCCUCUGCUGCAGACUGGCUGGGCUGCCCCGACCCCUCCUCAUCCUCGCCUGUGGUGGACGACCUCUCCUUGUCUCUGUCUCCACCUGCAGGACGACAGGAGCUCAGGGAGAGAUGGAGGGAGGGGGGGGAGAAGGAGGAAGGAGGAGGGAGGAUGAGGGACCACGGGAGGGACAGACAUGGAAAUAAACAUUCAGACAUGCAGGACAGAGGUUCACACAUCUGGACACAAUGCACUUGCCAGAAUGGAGCUCUCAGUAGCAGAACAACAUCUUUUAUUGCUGCCUUGCUGCUCAUUAUAUGGACAGUGUUGGCUAUUUAAAGCCGCACAAGACCAUAAAAGUCAACUGUCUUAUCAGGCAGGAAGUUGGGCUGUAUCUACAAACAAUCACUAUGUGCAUUCACUAAUAGUUCAACAUUAACCCUUUUUUGUUCUCUUUUAGAGAGUGAGGUUAGAAGAUCCAUAUCUCUCUCAUUUUUUGUGUGUUCAGUACAAAGCUGGAGUCAGGACGUGAUUAGUCUAGCUUAGUAUAAAGAACGGAAACAGGGAGAACUUAUGGAUCCACACAGCAAUUACUUCAGCACGAGUAAACAGCAACCUCAGUUGAGAUCGUUGUAAAGCCACGUUGGCUCUAAUGAAGCCCUUUUCUUCAUAAUGUGUUGGCUCUAGAUCAUAACGACAAAACUUUUUUUUCAGAAAUUGCUUUUAUUAUUGUUAAGUGCUUUUCCCUUGGAUAGAAAGAUGUUUUGUAAUUAGAGGGUCUAUGCUGCACAUGUUUUUGGGACUUUCUGAUCUAUGAACUAUGUUCCUCUGUUGCACAGGGCUGACAUAGAGCUGUACUUUCUAAUUGGCUGAUGUGGACUUUGAUCAUUUUGAACUAUAUGUUGAAGUAAGAGUUUAGAUGGAGUGGUUUAAAUUUGUGAUCUUUUGUUAAAGCACAUUGUGGGUACUGCAGGGAACAAGGAAGAAGUUUCUCUGCAGCACGGUCAUAUGAAUAUAGCAACAUCCAUUAGUCUUAGUAACGUUCUUGCAAUGUAGAGGAAGCUUAUAUCACAUAACUUUAUUUAUAUUAUGUUAGGUUCUUUUUGUGCAAAUGUCUAUCCAUAAAAUGUCAAUCCAUAAUUAAAUAGUAAAAUCAG